UAUAAACUGCCUCAUUGUCGUCGUCGUCUCUUUCGCUCUUCAUUAGUGGUCAGCUUUCACAUCCAGUCUUUACUAAGCCUAGCAAAACAGCAUCGCAAUGAGGAACACACUCAUCUUCACCACCCUCACAGCCAUUGCCGCCGCCCAAACAAUCACCGACUUGCCAGCAUGCUCUCUGCAAUGUCUUGCUACCGCCACUGGUGGUCUUAACUGCGGCCUCACUAACUUUGCUUGCUCGUGCCAGAAGGCCGACCAGCUCACUCCAGUCGUUACGCCCUGUGUUCAACAGGCUUGCACCGACGCGGCCGAUCAGAGAAAGACCAUUGAAGUCCUCUCUGGUAUCUGCGCGGCUGCCGGCUUCCCAAUUGAGGUCCCAGCACCACCUGCGUCUUCGGCCGCUGCUGAGCCUACUUCCGAGCCUACUCCUGAGCCUACUAGCUCUGAGGCUUCUGUCGAGACGCAACCUUAUGCGACCGAAGAGCCAGAGUACUCCGAAUACCCAACUGCCACCGAGACUGCCUCGGAGUACUCAGCACCCACCUAUGCAACCGACGAUGUCCCCUCCGUCUCCUCCUCCUACUCGGAUCUCAUCCCCCUCUCCUCCCUCGUCGACACCGUCAUUGUGUCGCGCCCUUCGCCCCACCUGACUUCGUUUCCCGGCGUGCUUCCUCCGUACCCUACUGAUACUCCUGCGCCGUCGGUGCCGGCGCCUUCUGGUACCGGUACGCCUCCUUCUGCUACAUCCAGCCACUUGCCGGAGUUUACGGGUGCGGCUGCGGCUGUGCAGGUGAAUGUUGUUGCUGCUGGUAUGUUUGGGUUGGCUGCUUUUGUUUUGUAGGUGGUGAGUGAUAGAUUUGAAUGGAGGAGGCUGUGGUCAAGGGCAGAGAGGGUG